GGUAAUUUCACUCUGAUACAUAGAAAACUAUGUUUUGUUGAAAAUGGUUAUAGCACAUGUACAGUGAUGAGUACUAAUUUGUCCUAUAAAAAGAAUACUUAUCAUAUUAUAUUUCCUAAGCAUUUCUUCCAAAGAAAAUAGCACUUUGAAAUCAAGUAAAGCAAAAAAAAAAAAAAAAAAAAUAUUAAUGGCUCUGAAAACGAAGGCCUGCUACAUGGUAAAGCCAUCUGAGCCAACAUGGAAAGGUUACCAAUUUCUAUCAGAAUGGGAUCAAACUGGUACCAUUACUCAUGUACCCACUAUCUACUUCUAUCGCCCACCUGAAGACUGGGUUAAGCUAGGUGAUAAGAUCGCCGCCAUCGUUAAACAAUCGCUGAGCCGAGCUCUGGUCCCUUUCUACCCACUCGCCGGUCGUUUGCGUCGGCUUCCCGGUCAUCGUCUUGAGCUCAACUGCAACGCUGAAGGGGUUGAGUUCGUUGAAGCCGAGUCCAAUUUGAACCUCGAUGAACUCGGUGACUUAUCUCGUUCAUCAGAAUAUUACUAUGACCUUCACCUUUCUCCUCUUGUGGACUAUACACGACCGAUUCAUGAGCUACCGCUGCUUAUUGUGCAACUAACUAGGUUUGCAUGCGGUGGUUUUAGCCUUGGCUUAAGCAUUUCACAUGCUGUGGUCGACGGCCCAAGUGCAUUACAUUUUUUGUCGGAGUGGGCUGGUCUUUCACGAGGCGAGCCACUAAAAACGAUGCCGUUUCUGGAUCGGGAAAUCCUCAGGGGAGACGAUGACGUCUCAUUCGGGGAGCUUUCAUGUCUGGACCAUUGCGAUUUCGAUCACCUUCCUCUCUUGAUCGGGCAAUCGGACAACCUAGAAGAGAAGAAGAAGGAUGUCACCCCAGCUUUCCUAAAUGUAACGAAAGAACAACUCGAGAAGUUGAAGAAGUUAGCGAACGCCGGUCGAGCUAGGGGGACUCGUCCCUACAGUCGGUACGAGAUGUUGGCCGGGCACAUUUGGAGGUGCGCAUGCAAAGCCCGAAAGCACAUGGCCGAGCAGCGAACGGCUCUGGCCAUCUGCGUGGAUGUGCGGAGCCGUAUAGAACCGCCCCUGCCGAGUGCCUACUUCGGCAAUGCGUCAUUUGAUGUGAAAGCCGUAUGUAGUUCGGGAGAGUUAUUGGUGUGUUCACUAGGGUUUGCGUCGAGCCGAAUAAGAGAGGCGGUUGAAAAAGUAACAAACGAUUAUAUCUGGUCAAAUCUAAAGUAUUUGAAGAGUCAGAAGGACUUGAGCAUGUUUCAAGAUCUUCACGGAGAAGAGUCGAGUACUGAUAAUAAAGAGCUUUUCUAUGGAAACCCUAAUCUUGGUGUUGUAAGCUGGUUGAGGCUGCCAUUACACGAUCUUGAUUUCGGAUGGGGAAAGGAAGUUGCUAUGAGUCUAGACACUUAUGAUACUGACUUUGAUGGAGACUUUGUGCUUCUUCAAAAUCCUAGUGGUGAGGAUGGAAGCUUGAUUGUCUCAGUACGUUUGCAAGUUCCGCAUAUGGAUUCCUUCAAGAAGCAUUUCUAUGCUGAUAUAAUAUAGUGGUUUCUCGCUUGGCUUGGUGUGUUUAAUUAAUUUGUGUUAAGACUAUAUAUGUAUGAGCUCAAUAAUUCUAAAGCCAGAGUGAGUACCAUCACAUUAUUCGGAUUUGUGAGUAAUAAGUAGUAUGAUGAGAUUCAAGUUUCUUGCAUGCUUAUUGUUAAUAAUUUUAUAACUUUAUUUAAUGUACCGACCCCGCCUCUGGAGUAUAUAUGCCCUUUUUUUUUUAGUAAUAAAUUGGCUAAUCUUGGAAGGGUUACCUGGCAUUAUAUGGAGAGGGU